AUGUCCGAUGAGGAACUGUACGAUGUAAGUAGCACCAGUAUUGGCACACAUUUACCUCAAAACAUAUCUCAACUAAUCGGUGAUGCCUUUUAUCUGGCAUUUAAUGGAUUAAUUGAUUACGAGAUCGCAUUGAAUUUGACUAAAUAUCUCGCUUUUGACGGCUCAGUUAACUCGUGGACUACCGCUCAGACAGUAUUUUCCAAUAUUAAGCCAUUUAUCAUAUCUGAUGUUAAAAUAGCACUUAAUUAUUAUGUGAGUGAUAUAAUUGGCAAACAAUACAAGACAUUGGGAUGGGAUGACUAUGAAGGAAGUGGUGAUCACCAGAAAGUAUUACUUCAAUCCCUUGUGUUAGACAUCGCAUGCGAAUACGAAAUGCUUGAAUGUCUGCAAACUUCACGACAAAAGUUUAUUGAAUGGAAAACUGAUACUAAUUAUAAGAUUACUACUAAUUUACUGCCGAUUAUCUUAAAAUAUGGUAUUCAAGACAUAAACAAAUACCUGUAUAUAAAAAGUACAGAAACAAAUGAGAAACUUUUAAGUAAAGCAAGUGAUGAGAAGCUUAUACAAAAAGAAGAUUAUUUGCAGUUUUUAAUAAACAUAACACUUAACAGUGAACCACAUGUUGCGGAUAUAGUAUUUCAAUUUUUCGACAACUAUUCAAAUGACAAUCUGUUUAAAGAUAAGGCAUUAGUAGUAUUGGACAAUAAUAUCGCAUGGAUUGACAGAUAUAAGGCACCGGUAGUUGAAUGGAUUACCAAUCAAUGUCCAAAUGAGGUGUGCGUUUGGCAUGACUUCCGACUCAAUCCACAAGUAAUUCCUCUGCAAUACUAUCUAACCCUAAGAAUCGACGUAAACAACGAUGUCUUCAGCGGAAGUGUUGACAUUGAUGUGAGUGUCGACAAAGACAUCGAGUACUUUGUGGUACAUUCAGCCAACAAACUUAAGAUUAUCUCAACAAAUGUCACUAUCAACGGAACUGGAGCUCAAUUACCUAUUAGACAGACUUUCCAUUACUCGCCAAACGACUACUUUAUCAUACAAUUAGCCAAUAAGUCGACGCCCAAUACCUAUCGACUGAAGUUUGCAUUUGAAUCCAUACUGACCAACGACUGGAACUCCGGUCUCUAUAAGAUAUCCUAUGAAUAUAACGGCGAGACUAUCGGUGCGGCCGCCACUCAGUUAUGGCCAGAAAACACCCGCAAAGUGUUUCCCUGUUUUGAUGACAUUUUGUUUAAAUCUCGUUUUGAUAUAACAUUAAUACACGAAUCGGUUAUGAAUACAACACUCACUAAUAUGCCGGCUAUUGAUACUCGACCCAACACACCGGCGCCCGGAUGGACGACUACUAAAUACCAGAAUUCAGUUUCGAUGGUUACCUAUUUGGUGGCCAUAAUUGUCAGUGACUUUGUCUGUCACUCAAUCGAUAGGAAUAUUACAGGAAUGGGCUAUGAUACCAGGGUCUGUGCCACCCGUCCCAUGGAGUAUAAACUAGGGUACGCCACACAGACUGUCCCCAAAGUGUUUCAUGUAUUUGAGGACUAUUUGGGUGUUAAGUAUUCGCUACCAAAAUCCGAUUUAGUAGCCGUUCCCGACUUUAUGGGAGGUAUGGAGAACUGGGGGUUAGUUACGUUUGACGAGAGUUCCCUAUUAUGGACCCCCAAUGAGGAUACCAGUGCUAAUAAAAUGAAUGUCAAUUUGUUUAUAUCUCAUGAAUUGGCGCAUAUGUGGUUCGGAAAUCUGGUUACAUGUCAUACGUGGGCCCACUUUUGGCUCAAUGAAGGGUUUGCAUCAUUCAUGCAAAAUGUGGGCAUAAAUGGCACGGAAUCUCAAUGGGAUUAUUGGGACUUAUUUAUCAAUAAUACCCUUUCGAGUGCUAUCAAAGGAGAUAUAGUGGAAUCGUCGCCACCUAUUAUACAGCCUGUGCUCAAGUACUCGGACAUGAUUUUUUCAAGUGCUAUACUCUAUGACAAAGGAUCUGUAGUCAUACGAAUGUUGGAGUUUGUAAUGGGAAAGCAUGCUUUUAGAGAUGGUAUACAAAAAUACAUUAAACAAUAUGCUUAUAAAUCAGUGAUCACUGAGAAUUUAUGGGAUUCAUUGAAUGCAACAUUUCCUAAAGUACAUGUAGUUGAAUUAAUGGACAACUGGACCACAAAACCUGGUUUUCCAUACAUUACUAUCAAAAGAGAUCCACAAAAUCCCAACACUAUUACUAUAACUCAGGAAAGAGGAAUGUAUUUCAUUGACUAUACACUCGAAGAGUGGAACAAAUGGAUCACUGCUUUGGUCACCAAUGAAGACAAUAUUGUAGACAAACUCACAGCCAAUGAGAGAUCGGAAUUCAUUUUGGAGACAUUUUAUUUGUCGAAAGCAAACAAACUGUCGGUUAUUAAGCCCUUAGAGUUGUGUCAAUAUCUGGUGAAUGAAACCCAUUUCACUCCGUGGGCUGUAUUUAACACUAUAUUGGGUUGGGAUGACAGGGAGGGCACCGACACUCACAAGAGAAUGAGAGGUCUUGUCAUUGAAAUGAGUUGUGGAAAUGGAUAUCAGAAAUGUAUGGAAGAGUCAUAUAAAGAGUUUACAAAAUGGAAAUCCGGUCAACCACUACCUCCUAAUCUCAUGACAUAUAUCCUCUCAUUUGGUCUCAAAUACAGCAAUAAUUUCGAAGACUUUGAAUACACUAGAGAUACAAAGCUAUUGAAUGAACUUUUGGAGCGAUCAGUGAAUAACUCAUCGGUUUCUGAGACCCACUUCUCGUCCCUAUUGUCAGACCUGUCCUCCAAUUCCUAUGCCUUACCCAUAGUGGAGAACUUCCUAAAUCUGUACCCAAACACUGGUCUUACAAAUGAGAGUCGUGUGAAUGGAUUGACAAAAAUCCAGCAAAAUAUAGAUUGGAUUCAACACAACGCCGACACUAUUGGCCAGUGGUUGAGAGACAACCGGUUAAUAUAG